AUGUCUGUGGCUGCGAACGGUACAGAAAAGUAUCCGGUACUGAACGCGGCUAUGCGCCUCGCUAGUGACGUGUCACAAGUGUUCACAAAUUCGACGCGAGUUGACGCCUUCGAGCAAGAUACAGCGAAUCGAAGUGCUUACAAAGCGAUUAGCAUCGAUGUGAAACAACUGACGGCGGAAGUAGCUCAUCAGAUGGCUGACCUAAUUGAGAAACGGUCGCAGGCUUUGUGGCAGUCAAAGCGGACACUCGAAAUGACAGCUGGAAAUUUAUCCAGCCGGAUGACUGGAGAUGACGUCACUGAACGUAACAUUUCUGUCGCCUCGACGUCAUUCAGUCAUCUUCCCGUCAACCUGUCGGUAUCUUCAGUCAAAGUGCCGCUCGAUGUUGACACCGGCGACUUCUCUGUCACUUCGGCGAUUCACUGGUCGCGCUCGCUCACUCAGACGAUGACUGAAAACCUUGUCGCCGAGCCGUCUGCAUCAUGGCAAUAUUUUGGAAGCAGGGAAGGCUUCAUGCGUGUUUAUCCCGGUCUCGAGACGUUAGAAAACAGCAUUCACACGUUUGACACUCGGUUUGAGCGUUGGUAUAUCGAAGGGAGCGUUCUGCCGGCUGACGUUGUUGUUCUCAUCGACGCGAGCGGUUCCAUGCACGGAUUACCGUUGAAAAUCGCCAAUCAAACGACUCUCGGUAUCAUCAAUCUUCUGACGGAGAGAGAUCGUUUGGCUAUCGUCGCGUUCUCGAGUAUUGUCGACGUUCUGGGAUGUUCGAAGGACGCACUCGUGCAUACAACGAGAGAAACAAAAUCUAUGCUCGUCCGAGCUCUCUCCUCUGUGAGGUCUGAGAGUGUGUCGUCAUACGAGCCGGCAUUCACACGGGCCACGCAGUUGUUACUGCCCGUCAACGCAACUGACACUUCCCGUCAAAAGAUUAUAGUUCUCUUGACGGACGGAUCGCCUGUAAGAGACUUAGACUAUUUCAACAACUGGAACGUCGAUAGACGUAUUCGAGUGUUCUCGACUGUUGUCGGUCCGACUGCUCACAGCACGGGAUCUAGUCCAAGAUUAGCUUGCGAAAACAACGGCUUCUACACAGAAAUAAAAAAUCUUGAAGGAGCAAGAGACGCUCUGCGGUCAUUUGUCGGAUUACUGGGAAGAAGUAUGGCAUUUCAUAACGUUUCAGCUGCAAUUUCACCUCCAACUAGAAGUGAAAUCGACGGGCAACACGUCGUGAAAUUAUCUCUCCCGGUCAUUAACGGAACAGACGGAAUACACGACGCCUCUUUGCCGGCCCCCAAUCUUCUCGGAGUCGUCGGUAUCGACAUUCCAUUGUCAGACCUCGCAGGUCUCGUACCGAGCCACAUUGUUGGACCAUUGGCGUACGCGUUCAUUAUCGACAACUACGGGAGAUCUCUUCUCCAUCCAAGCCUCAAAAGUGAGCUUCUAGAUACAUUGGCGACCGACAUCUUGCAACUCGAAGGCAAUUCGUUUGCUGAUAUUCGAGCAGCAAUGCUACGUGGUGAGACUGGAAAUAGAACGCAAAUUCGGUCGAUUGUUAGUGAGAUUGAUGACAGGGUGUACGUCCGGCAAUUAGAAAUGAUUUACUCGUACAUGCCGUUAAGACCAAAGUCGACAGUCAGUGUCUGCCUGGUCGUUCCAACCCAUCACAACACAACGAUUGAAGUCACAGAGAGUAGAUCACUUGUAGACAAGCCCUCUGUAGCUUCCGUUUCGAUCACUCCGUGGCUGCAGUGUGUCAACGCUAGGGAUUUCAACAAAAGCGACGUCGACGGAUUUAUAAGAGACGUCGAUAACGGUACCGCAUGCGCAGAGUGGAAAAAUCGCGUCAUACUUGACGUCAACGAGACGGCACGGCUGAGCGACACGUGGGCAGAUGACCCAAACGUUUGCCUUAUGUUCGUAUCGACUCUAUCCGGUGUCACCAGGACAAAACCACACAAAUUCAACUGCAAUAUAUCAGGAUACGACCCAACUAACAAUCUGGUCGCAAAGUCUCGCUUGACGAGAGGCCUUCUACGCGGCAACACGGAUCUCAUCGUUGAGAGCACGGCAAAAAAUAUAACGCAGAUUACAAAGGCUGUUUACUACCACACAACUCCUGUGGCAGUCGUUGGGGUGGACAUACGGGAAAACAUACUACACGAGAUUUUUAGAAAAAACGUUCAAGACCUGUUGAGGGAUACUAACCGUGUAUAUCUCAUCGAUCAAAGCGGCUACAUCUUGGAUUACCUGCAAGCAGAGUCGACGACUAUACGUGACUCGAGACGCGGUCAUUCCAUCAGUGAGUAUGAGAGUUCGCUUAUAAACAAGGCCAUACAGAAAGGACACUUUACAACGGUCACAGUGUCGAGCUACACGACGCAAUGUACUUUCCAACAAGCUGUAAGCAGCGGUGCGGUCUCGUUCUUUCUAAAACCGUGGAGUCUCGUCCAGCAUUACAUUCUUGUGUGGCUCUACAAUCUGACAUUGUUUCUGAUGCAAGCCGAUCUCAUCAGUCUAAUCAGUGGUGAGGCAUUUACAGUGGAAGCUACUGUGAUCUCUUCUACUCCUGUUCUACACUCGUGCCUGCGUCACCAGACUGUCUACUCGGCAUCUGAUUUGUCUUACUAUAAUCGUGAAUCGUACUGCUGUGUGAUGGGGGUCGAGAGCACACAGUGUUCAGCCAGUUAUAUCAUUGCAGCUGUCCCUAACACUAAUCUGUUGUUAGUCGUCAUAGAUGGGGAUACGAGUAUUCACUACUGUGAUACACAACUGGAAUCACAGUUGGGGUGGACUCGUAUACCAAGUCCAUGCACGUCGAAUCUCUCUGACGUGUUGGAGCAAUCACAACCACUUAAUAUCACUAAUGAAUUGGGACGAUAUCUCUGUACGUCAGGCAGCUACAGCAAACAACUCUCCACAGUCGCCGCCAUAAUCUGUACUCUACUAGCCAUUGUGUUACAUAGAAUGACAUACAAUUAUUAAUC